CAACACUCCCCGCACGCCCCGCACGCCAACAAUGAGAACGGUGUCUCGCUCAACGACAGCUACCAGUCCGUGCUCUCGUACGAGAGCAUGCAGUCAGUGGAUGAAAGCUACGAGUUUGUGUCACUUGAAGCGGACAAUGGCACAGUGUCGAGCGACCGCCGACACGACGACGAACAGGACAGCGAGAGAGUGGAACAUAUUGAACACGCGGAACAUGCUCAGCAACAGGAACAAGUUCCACGCCCGGAACAUGUUUCUCGCCCGGAACAUGUUCCCCGCCCCGAACAUGUUCCCCGCUCGGAACAGGAGCAGAAUCGCAAGGAGCCGGAUCCAUCAGAAACAGUAUUUGAUUACUACCCGCCGCACCCGCUGCGAGAACUCGGCGAGGAGAAUGGGAUACAUUACUUUGAAGAUGGACAUUUUUAUACUGAGGUUGCUGGACUUCCACCGGUCGAGGAUGAUGAAGACGAGGAUUAUUACCCACCAGUAUUUGUUAAGAAGAAUUCCAAAGUUAAAUUCAGCACGCAGCCGAUGCGCGUGUUCUCUACGCACUCGGUGCGGGAGUACGACCGCCGCAACGAGGACGUGGACCCCGUGGCCGCCUCCGCGGAGUACGAGCUGGAGAAGCGCGUCGAGAAGAUGCACGUCUUCCCCGUCGACCUCGUCAAGGGCAACGACGGCCUGGGCCUCUCCAUCAUAGGUAUGGGCGUGGGCGCGGACGCGGGUCUGGAGAAGCUGGGCAUCUUCGUGAAGACCAUCACUGAGAGCGGUGCGGCCGCGCGCGAUGGACGCAUACAGGUCAACGACCAGAUCAUUGAAGUCGACGGCAAGAGCCUGGUGGGAGUGACGCAGGCGUACGCUGCAUCAGUAUUACGCAACACGUCGGGGCCAGUCAAGUUCCUCAUCGGUCGCGAAAAGGACCCCGAGAACAGUGAAGUGGCCCAUCUCAUACGACAGUCACUGGCUGCGGAUAAAGAGAGAGAAGAAAGAGCGGCUCGAGAGAGGCAGCGCCGGCAGCAGGCGGAGGAUGAGGACAGCAACCAGCAGUCGUCUGCAGAGGCGGCCGCGCAAGCACGACAUCCUGAUAUCAACGAAAUACGCGCCUUUUUGCAAGAGUUGGUGGGUAUGGAGGCGGGCGGCGGGCGCGGGGAGGAGAUCAGCGCGCGCGUGCGGGAGUGGUGCUCGCGCCGCGCGCCGCCGCACCCGCCGCACCCCCCGCCCUCGCAGCACGCCCUCGCUCGCGCCGCCGACGCCCACAGGAAAUAUGACAAAGCGCGGCGCGCGCUGCGCGGCUGGCGGCGCACGCGGGCGCUGGUGCGCGCGCGCGAGGAGUGGUGGAGCGGCUCGCUGCGGGACGCGCACCGCGAGUACGCCGCCGCGCUCUCCGCGCUGCACGACCGCGUCGCGCGCCUCGAGGUCUUGCUGCUCGAAACGCAAAAGAAGGCGGGACUGCCCGUGAUGUUGCCGCACGAACCGUCCGCGCGCCGCGAGACUCCGCCCCUGCCGCGGCGCCCCGACCCCGACCCGCUCAUGAUUGACGAUCCAUGGAGCUCGGACAGCGAUCUAUCAGACUUAUCGCCGAUAGAAGACGAGUACGCGAAAGUGGACAAGUCUGACAGGCGGCAACGCGAGGCGCCCGACAUCGGCGACGUGACUGCCCCCGCCCCCGCCCCCGCCGCCGACACCCGGCCCCCUCUGCCCGACACCAAGCCCGCCCUCGCCCCGCCCUCCACCACGCCUCCCGCCUCCGUCGCCCCGCAGGUGCCCGCCCGCGCCCCCAGCCCGGCCGCCGCACCCGCCGCCGCGCCCGCCGCUAGUUCUGCCUCCGUCAACAACUAUCCUACCACCACAUAUGAUAAUCUCAGUGGCAGCGGCACGAUGCGCAGUUGCAGCUCGGUGGGGUCUGCGGGGUCCGGGGGCGCGGGGGGCGCGGAGGGUGCGGGCGGGGCGUCGCGCGAGCUGGACGCGGCCGUGCCCCGCGGCGCGCUGCUCGACACGUCGGCGCACCGCGCGCGCACCGACCUCGCGCGGCUGCGCCCGCACGCGCCGCACUCGCCGCACUCGCUCAGCAACGCCAGCUCCUACGAUGGCCUGGAUGACUCUUAUAAUGAUUCAGCCGACGAGUCAUUGAGCGAAUCCACUUCAGGACCGCCGCAUUCUAAUGUCACGCGGGACACGCGGCAGAGCUGCGGCAGCUCCAUCGGCAGCGCGACAGACGACGCCGUGUACUCGCGCGACCACCGACACCACCCCCUGUCAGGUCCGCCGGCGUCGCUGGCAGAGCAACUGAAGCAAGUGCUGGCGGAGCGCGAGCGCCGGCUGGCGGGCGCGCCCGACACGCACGCCCCCCUCGCGUCACACGCCCCGCACGCCGGCCACGCCCCCCUCGCCGGCCACGCCCCCAUCGCCGGACACGCCCCCCUCGCCUCGCCGCACCCAGACCCCGUGCAACUCACCAACGAACUCGUCGAUGAAAUAAGACAGGCCGUCAGCGAAGCCAACGCACGAGUGAAGAAAGCUCCGGCUUGUGUAGUCGGCGGCGAGGUGCCGUGGCAGCCGCUGUCGGCCGCCGCCUCCGAGGCCAGCCUGUCGCCGCCGCCCGCCGCGCUCGCCGCGCUCGCCGCGCAGCCCGUCUCGCACUGGACCAAGCAACAGGUAUGGCAGUGGGUGUCGGGUCUGGGGGAAGGGUUGGAGCGUCACGCGGGCGCGUUCGCGUCGCGCGGCGUGGACGGCGCCCUGCUGCUGGCGCUGAGCUCCGCGGACCUGAAGCUACUGGGGCUGGGCGGCGACCAGCGCAGGCGCAUGAAGCGCCGCCUCAAGGAGCUGCGCUCCGCACACGAGAAACAUCUCAAAGCGCUCAAGAAGGCGGAAAAGAAGGCCAAGAAGAAAUAAACAUGCCGAUGCAAACGACUGUUAGUACUAAACGUUAUUUGUAAGUGAUUGAAGUACGCCAGAUAUGAAAAUACGAACUAUCCAGUUAAGGUAAUGUGGAACUGUUGAACGGAAACGAUGACUUGCUCACUAAUCAAAAUUUUUCGAUUGUCGUAAUUUAAUGCCUAUAUAAGGCUCUAGUACUUAUAUAAAAUUUAAAAGUAAUAUUCGUGACUUCUAAAAAUAUAAUUCCCCGAUUAGUGAAACUUAGAGUUCCGAAUUACCACGAAACUACUUAAGCGCUAGUACGCACCAAAGAUCCAGUUUGCACACCCUUCAAUGUGAACCUUUUUAGACUUUUUAAGUACUUUUUACUAAACUAUAUAAUUCUAUCUCAUGGUAGAACGCUUUCGGACUCGUUAGGUCAUUAGUAUAAUCACAAAUAAAUGUAUGUGGUUGUAUGUCUAAAUGUUUCUACUUACUACUAUUUAGGACCUUUUCUUUAUAAAAAUAAUAAUCGAAGUAAGAAUUAUUGGAAUUGGAUCUUUAGACAGUAUUGUAUAAAUAUUGUGUAGGAACAAUGUAACUACAUUUUACAUAACAAGCCAUUUACUAAUAAUAUUGUUAAUUUAUGUUGAUGACCAAUAAGACAACAGAAUUUCAUCAAAAGGAUUUAUUUUGUAUACUAACACAACACAGGUAAUUAUAUUUUCUAGCAAAAUAUAUUUCUUGCCAAUUUAUAGUAAACUUAGCCGUAGAUUUUUUUCUCUAAAACCUAUGAAAUGUACUAGUAAAUUUUAGAUCUCUUACUUGUGCUGUUUGUUUCUAUAGAUUUGUUUGUCCUCGUGUGUAUUAAAUUGUAAUUCUCGUAAUUGUUUAUGGUCAUCACAUAGAGGCUAUGUGAGGUAUAAAAAACCUAUAUGAAUAAAAUUUUCCUGCAAUUUACUGGACUUAAUAAUCGUACCUGUAACAAUCGAAGCUUUUUGCUUGUAUUGGUUUAUAUAAAAGACUUCGAAUUUUUUAUAACAUUCUGUUUUAAUAAACUGUUUUGAUAUUCUAUCAUAUCAUUGUGAAUUGUGCUUACCCUGAAAUGAACGUGUCUGAGCGCAACGAGUGCCAUCUGAGCUGUAGCUUAGUUUAGUGAGGUUAGUGCUUCGAACGAUGAAACGAAAUAAGUUGAACGAAAUUUGGUAAAUUAUAAGUUAUAAGUGGUUGGAACUGAAGACCGUUUGUCGACACGUUGCGUUGCGCGUGCGCAGACAACCUGCGUAUACAAUGCUUGUUCCUACAUUUCGUAUAUAUUGUGUCAGUUUUUUCAUCGACAUUAUUGAUAUGAGAUAAUUGACUGUUUGAAAAAUACUGGCUCAAUCUAGUCAUAAGAUCAAUUUGUAAGCUGAAAUUUAUUGAUUUACUAUAAAGCAUUUUUUGUCUUAAAAACUUUGAAACGAUAAGAUACUAUAUAUUUAUGUAUUGUAGUUAUUCAUAUGUUAUCGAGACGGUCUGCGUGAUCGCAUAUUAUAGAAAUAUAGUCAAAGUUUAGAAAUUUCCGCAUUUAUCAGUUGUAUUGCACAAAACGUACUUAGUAAAUACUGCGACCAGUCACGGAUGCUGGUUUAACUACUUAUACUUUUGUAUAUGUAAUAAUGAACAUACAUAAAGCAUGUGAUCUCAUCAUAUAAGUGUACCGGAAUGUGAAUAUAAUGUACCCUCUCGCGCAAUAGGGCGCCAGCACGAAAAUUUACAAUAAAGUAUUUGUAACGUCAUCGACUAAAUUUGUGCUGUUUAAAGUACACUACUAUGUCAAGUAGAAAUUAAAUUAAUGGAUACAUCCUCGCAAAUUUUCGUGCCAGCUCCUUUACAAUGAUCACUUUCGAUUCUGUUUUAACAUUCCAGUAACAAUGCUCUCGGAUAAUCUGUGUGUGAUUUUUUUUGAUGAUUUAGACAAGCUUCUAUAGUUUCCUUAGGCGAAUACAUAGAUUUAUCUAAGUGUUAUUCUGUGUGUUUGGUUCCGUAGCUAAUUACAGUGUAAAUAAUAGUCUCGACGAGGGACAAAAUUAAAGUGUGCUCGAUUUCAAUGUACGACCGAAUGUACGCUGUGCAUUUAGGAUAUUUAUUUCAUUUAAGAUUUAAUAUAAAUGUAAGUAGGAAGUCCAUUAACAAUUGCCAAAAUCGACGAGAACUUUUAACAUUGUUGAUUUUUUUUAAUUCUUUUUUUCCCUUAAAUUAUUUAAUAUUUAUUUUGGGACCAAAUUAAUUUAUUAUGAACUUACAUCUUUUAUUUAUGUAUUUUUGGUGUGUUCAGUUUAAAGAUUUUUAUUUAUAAAUAAAUAAAGAAACCAAAGUGUAAA